AUGGGCAGCCUCCAGCUGCAGGACUUCGCGGCGGGCUGGGUGGGCGGAGCUGCCAGCGUGGUUGUGGGCCACCCCCUGGACAUGGUCAAGACUCGUUUGCAAGCUGGCCAAGGAUAUGGAAGUACACUCAACUGUGUUCUCACUGUGUACAGAAAUGAGUCAAUGACUGGCUUCUUCAAAGGCAUGUCCUUCCCGCUGGCCAGCAUUGCUGUCUACAGCUCCGUGGUGUUCGGCAUCUUCAGCAACACGCAGCGGCUGCUCAGCCAGCUCCGCAACAGCGACCCGGCCCACGGCCCGACGCUCACCGACGUGACUCUGGCCAGCAUGGUGGCCGGGGCUGUCUCUGUGGGCAUCGGCUCUCCUGUGGACCUGGUAAAGAUAAGGCUACAGAUGCAAACGCAGCCCUACAUCAAAGCGAACAUUAAGCUAAACCCUACAGUUCCUGGAUUUCCAAUGUACCGGGGCCCCAUUCACUGCUUUAGGACAGUCCUGCAGAAAGAGGGGAUAGCAGGAGUAUACCGAGGCGCUGGAGCAAUGCUUCUGAGGGAUGUUCCUGGCUACUGCCUCUAUUUUAUCCCUUACACAUUUUUCUGUGGCUGGAUUACCCCAGAUGGAUGCCUUUCCCCUAAUCCCUUCUCUGUCUGGCUGGCAGGGGGUGUAGCAGGAGCCAUUUCCUGGACGACUGCUACUCCAAUGGAUGUUGUGAAAAGUCGACUUCAGGCAGAUGGAGUUUAUUUAAACAAGUACAAAGGGACCCUUGACUGUAUCUUGCAGAGCUACCAGAACGAGGGCUUCAAAGUCUUUUUUAGGGGCAUCACGGUCAAUGCAGUUCGAGGAUUCCCAGUGAGUUCAGCCAUGUUUCUUGGCUAUGAACUUUCCCUCAAAGCAAUGAAAAGAGACCAAACUGAGACCAAUCCUUAACUUCCAGUGUUGACCAGAAGA